UCUAUAUGGAGAGUGAUGGAAGUUUUUAACUAGUGUUACAAAACACAUACUUUGGACAGAAUAGAAAAUUAAUUUUUUAAGAACUCAGUGACCUAUUGUGACACGUGUUACUUGUGAGACAUAGUGACUUUUCACCUGGAUUAAAAAAUCUGUGAAUGAAAGAUCACUAGGGUUUUUGAAUGAAUAUGCAAGAGGACUUUCAGAUGUAGAUGCGGUUAAAACUCUCAAAAUCGAGAAUUCGACUUUUAUCUGGAGGUUUUGAGUGCUCUGAAGUUAUUAUUUCUUUAAGUUUCGUUUUGAUCCCCUAGAAGAACACAGAUUAUCUAAAAAGGAGCCGUGUCACAUUGGAAUUUGCAAGUUAAAGGUCUUCCUAUUUUUCAAAAAAAAUGAAUUCGAAAUAUAUUGUAUGAACAUCAUGAAAGAAAAGAUGAAGCAUCCUAACAGUUCUGAUCUCGGAACAUGUCGUUAGUUUGCUAUGAAAGAUAACGGAUUUUGUACUAUUCGUUUGAAAUCUUCUACAACAUAAAAAUCUUCCUCUCUGUAUCAAAUUACACAUCGGAAUGAAUUGUCUGCGAAGCCUCGAUUUUAUAUGGGCAAUUCUCUUUGUUUCUACUUUUGUGCAAACUUCGAGAUCCUGCUGGGGUCCUGGAUCUCUGGAGUAUGGAGAGACAACUCCAGAUUAUGAUCUCUACGUCGGCUCUGAAUUGGUCAUCAACUGUAAUCUCAAAUCAAGAAUUCUUCCAAAAAUCAAUGUUCCUGUGAAUUCAUCCUACUUGACAUUCAAAAGAGAUAGUGAUCACCAGAUAUUUUCCAGUUAUACUCAUCAAAUAGAUGAGCUUACGUCACAGUUGAGAAUACCCAAUGCUAAUGUGAAUGAUUCUGGAUUGUAUCAUUGCCAAAUUGCUCUUCCUGACAAUAGUAAACAUCUUGUAUGCAGUACAAAUGUUUUUGUUGGAUACCCUCCUAAAAAUGUCAGUAACUUCAAGUGCAUCAGCAGAAACUUUGACAAUUUGACAUGUACAUGGGAUAUAGAACCAAACAAUAUAAGAACUAAUUACACAUUACAAAAAAUCUUCCUUUUUCAAGAUGCUCUUCAAAACUGUCCUAAGCCCAAUAACAAUACAUUUUGCCAAUGGAGAGAUGAUACAGAACCACCUUAUCAAACUAUGACAAAAAAUCUUACAUUUGUUAUUCAUGGGAAUAAUAGUUUGGGUACUAUAGAGAAUGAAUUCAAAUUUGACCAUUUUGCAAUAGUGAUUCCUAAUAAUCCUGAAAAAUUAACUGCAAUAGAUGUUGGGCAGAAAUCGUUUACUGUUGAAUGGUCACCACCCAAUAUGCCUCGUAUUUUUGAAAAGCCUGCUUUAUUUUAUCAAGUGUGGCUUGAAGAACUUGAACCUAAUCCUGAAGAUAAAAUUAUUGUUGAUGUUGGAAUAGAAAAAUUCAAUUUCACAUUUGAGAAUUUGCUUCCUCACUUUAAGUACAAUGUAUCUGUGCGAUGUAGAUCAAAUUAUACUUCUAAUGAAGAUAUGUGGAGUCCAUUUACAUCUAUUAUGAUAAAAACUUAUCCAGAUGUGCCGCAUAUUAUUCCUGAAGUUAAUCCUGAAGCAUUUCUUAUUCAGAAUUUUGGAAACUAUAGAAAUGUGACACUUUAUUGGAAGCCUGUUUCCAAAAGAUUUUACAAUGGUGAUGGUUUCUAUUAUUACAUUGAAUAUAAUCAAAAUGAUCAUUCUGGUAAAACAUACACAGAUUAUGUUACAUCAAAUACUUCUUAUGUAAGAAUAGGACAUCUUCAUAACGAUUCCUCGUACAGUUUUCACAUUCAUUCUGCUAAUAAAGAAGGUGUAUCGGAGGGUUAUGAAACAAUUUUUAUUGAUAAAAGAAAUAAAAUUGCACCACCUCCCAGAGAUAUUAGGGCUAUUUCUCAUGAACUUGGAUUUUAUAACCUGACUUGGUCAAAUACAGAUUCAAGUGAUGGCAAUUAUACUGUGUUUUGGUGUGCUGGUAGAAAACCAAGUUAUUGUGAUGGGCCGAUUCAAUGGUCUAAAGGAAUUUUAAAGGAACCAACCUUUGCACUCGAAGUUGCAGAUGUAAUGUCAAAUUUCCAGUUUGCUGUAGCAGCAUCAUAUAAAGAUCAACGUUCUGGUAUGCAGUGGGCUUCCUGUAUUGUGCCUAGUAAAGCUCCUUUGGGACAAAUUCCUAUCACUCACAUUGAACCGACUUCAACUACAUUACGAGUCAUAUGGAAAUUGGAUUGCGAUGCUCAAAAGUCUGUUAUUGAUAGAUAUGUAAUUACUUAUUGCAGAGAAAACAAAGGUUGUGAAGAUGCUGUAGCAGAACCUGAUGUUCAAAGUUAUACUCUGAAGAAUUUACAUCCAUUUUCUAACUACAGUGUUAAAUUACGAGCAUUUAACAAAGAGAAUAAACCCAGUGAAGAUAUAGAUGGAAUGUUUCAGACCACUCUAUCUGGAGGUCCAUCUGAUCCACCACAAAAUGUAUCUAUCGUCUUGAAAACAAAUUCAUCAUUGCUUGUUAAAUGGAUGCCUCCACUUGAACCUAAUGGAAUAAUAACUCACUAUUUCAUAUAUCAUAAUGAAUUCAAAAAAAUUAUGAGAAAUGGCUCUUCUUGUAAAAGUUGUGAAUUUCUUAUAGAAGAUUUGAAGCCUUAUACUGAUUAUGAUAUAAGUAUUGAAGCUUGUGUUGAUGUUUAUUACUGUUCAAACAAGUCUAUACCAGUGACUGCUUUAACAGAUAUUGGAGUGCCUGGUAAAAUGGAUCCACCUCGUAUUGAAUCAGUUAAUGAAACUCAUCUAAAAGUGUUGUGGACAGCACCAGUCAGUCCAAAUGGUCCUGUUAAUUAUUAUGAUAUUCAGUGGCAACAGGAAAUGGGAAAUGAAACCAUAAAUCAAACAAUCCCUUGGAAUGAAAGUUCAUCAGCUUUCAUUGAAUUUAAGUGCUCAAAUUUAUUAGAUGGAGGAAUUCCAUAUCUGUUUUCUAUUCGAGCUGUGAAUGAGAAGAAUGGAACAUUUUUCUAUGGCCCUUUCUCUAAUCUGUCAAAAGGAACAGCAUGUUUAAUGUCACAAGGAUUGGCUAUGAUAAUAGGAGUAGCUAUUGGUGGAACUCUUGCAUUAGCAAUCUUCUUGCUGGUCAUCUAUAAAUUAAUUAAAUGGAUGAGUGAAAAGAUUCAUCAAGUGAAAAAUAUAGCAGUUAGAUUACCUAAAGAAUUAGAAGGACCAGAGACUAAUCCUCUGAAUAAUUAUGAAAGUUUCAAAAAGGGUCUUGUUCAAAGUAUUCAUAAUGGCAAAAUAGAUCACCAGUCAUAUGUGAUUAAUGAAACUGAUAAUAAAAACAGGCAUGGAUCUGGAAGUUCUCAGUUCAGUAAUGCAUCAACUGAUGAGUUGAUUUUCAAAAAUGGGAAGUGCACUAAAUUUGGUAGGAAGCCAAGUGGAGACAGCAGUGGAUGCAGCAGCAUGUCAUCAAAUACAACAACACGAAUGCACCUUUCUUCAGAUUCUGGAACUGAAUCAGAUUUUAUGGUUCCAGCUUCUCCUGAUCCACUUACUUCUGAUCAGACAAUUCUAAAUAACCAGAAGCCACCCAUGCCUAUUUUGAUGGAAAUUCAUGAUCCACCUGAAAUACCUAAUGAAGCACAAGCAAAAUUACCAGUGUCGAAAGCAGAGAAAUACAAUAGUUUUGCCAAUGGGAUGGUCUUGAAAGUUGAUCAUGCUUACAGUAAAUUUGGAAUUUCUGGAAAUAUGACUCUGAAUACACCAUGCCAGAUAAAUCCUUUGGCUUUUUAUAGCUGUAAUCUGGCAAACAGUGAACCUUCUGUUUUCGAAGCUCCAGGUCCGGGUAACCAGAAACUUUCUGUACUUCCACCUUAUUCAAAAGUAGGAUUAGCUAAAAGCAGUGUUGAUAUUCCUGGUAUCUGCACCAGAAAUAAAGAAUUAGGGUAUUCUAAAUUUGGGUUUGGUUCGCCUCAAAAUUGUUUUUCCAUUGACACUGAUAAAUUGAAUCCUAUUGUUGGAUUGGCCCUAAUAGAAAACUCAGUUCCUAAUAAUCUGGUUAAAGCUCAAGCUGGUUUAUAUCUCAGAAGUGGUCAAAUUGGGAGAAGUAUCGAGACCGACUUCCUUCCUUCUUAUUCAAUGAAUUACCAGAUUCCAAAAACUGUGACAAAUGUAGAAAAUUCUUCACUUGAAAAGCCGACUCCUGGUUAUGUUACUGUAGGUGACAUGCGAAGCAUUAAACGACCAGACAGUCUGUCUGCAUCAGAAAGUUCUAUUGAUGCAGGAAGUUCAGCACUACAAAGCCCCGAAGAUCUAUCAGUUGACCUUCCAUUUGCAAACCCAGAUUGGGUAAAUGACAUCUUGUGUCCAUCUCAACAAAAGGUAGAUGAUCUGUCCUUCUUGGAAACAGAUUCUAUCAAUAAACCAUUAAUAAAUCAUCAAGCUGAUGAUAAUUUAGGUAUAAAACUUGGGUCAUCCCCAAGCAGUGGGUGUGUGCAGAUAAUCUCAAACAGAGAAACUGUGCUAAAUGAAGAUGAUCUGUCCAGUAAUUUGGACAGUCUUUCAAACUUCCAGGAGAAUCAUUUAACUGUUCCAAGCUCUCCUGGUGGUGAAAGUGCAAAUACUUUGCAUUCAUUACAUUCCUAUACACAAGUUUCAGGAGGAGAACAGAACUCUGAGAAACCUCCGGAGGUUGUGCUAAAUCCAACAGCUGGAAGGAAUGGUUAUGUGCCAUUUUCGACUUUGUCUUCUGUGUGUGAUCUACCAGUGUCAACUGUGCCAAAUGCCAUUGAAUCAAAUAUCUCUCUGUCUGUGUUUCCAGACGAUGUGUGUACUAAUAUUGAUCAGAAUUACAUUACUCCAACAAACAAAAGUGACUUAAAACUAUUACAGGAAGGUCUUAUCACUAAAAAUAAGAAUUUUUCACCAUUGCUGCAUUGCAAUGGUAAAAAAAUGCAUAAGAUAAGCAAACCUUUGAAAUAUAUUUUGAAACCAUUACCUAAAAUGGAAUCUGAAAUAUGUGAAGUAUAAAAAUUUGUCUGUGUAAUGUGAUUAUUUAAAGUUACAUUGUUAAGUUUUUCCUGUUAAAACAAAUCUUUUAUAUUUGCUGUAAAAAGAUCUAACAAAAAUGUAUAUUUUUUAAUUAAUUUGAUGUGAAUUUAUUGUAUUCUGAAUAUACAUGUAGCUUUCCAUCUCAAAAUAUCUAAUUUUAUUCUUAAUCACAAAUUAUAAAUAGCAUUAUUUCGUGAAAUAUUAUAAAAAUAUCUAAAUGUUCUUAUGUAGCUAUCAAUCAAAUCAAUCCUCCUCAUUUCUAAAAUUGUUUUAUCUAAACAUUUUAAAAUUAAUUUAUGGGACAUAUCUUUGCAUGUUUUGCUUCAAAAUUUAUAUAUAUAUAUUUUUAAAUUAUGUGCUAUUGUAAUUAACACAUCAGUUAAACAUUUUUUUUUUUUUUUUUGUACAGUACAUAAAUUUAAAAAGGGGUCAUUGCUGAAUUAUCUAUGCAGUCAUUUUUGUGCCAAUACAGUACAAUAUAGUACAUAAUUUUUAUGUAAAAAAUUUCAAAAGAUAUAUAUUCAUGAUUCAUGAAAUUACCUCAUCUUGUUUGCACAGAUAAAUUAUAUAUUGUUGUUGUACACUUGUAUUUUAAUAUUUCUUUGAACUAUAUCUUAUAUCUUGCCUGUGUGUUGAAUAAUAAUUACCGAUUUAUAAAUAGAUGUCAUUCAUAUUUCUUCCAUCCCUUAAUAGUGCAUGGUGUGUAAAAAAAUAUCUCUUACAUAUAUUACUAUCUAAGGUGUUAGUUUUGGGCUUUGAUUGUUAUCUAUUUGUUUGAAUUUGUAAUUGUGAUUAAUAUUUUUUUUAAAUAACUGAUCAGAAUUGUUUAAUCGAAAGCUGAUAAAUUAAGGUUGUGUUAAAAAUUCAUUUCAAAUUAACAGUUUUGUGAUUAGUAAAACAAAAGCAUACAUCUGAAGCUUUUUUAAAAAUAUAUUUCAGAAAUACUUUUCCUUUAAAAAAACAUCUUAUUUUAUUGUUUUGAUUUACAAUUUAUUUUCUAUUAUUUUUUUUCUAGGAUGAUUUAUUAAAAUGUUAUUUAUCAAAUGGUGACAAAACAAGGUUGUAUUAUAUUUUUUAGCAUUAUUUAUAAUCUGGUUUGUGAAUAAUAAAAUGAACUUUAGCUUCUAAUUGCCCUGCAUAAUUAUUAAAAAAAAUAUUUCUUUUUAAAAUUUAAUCUUAUUUUAUUAUAUUCUAAGGUUAUCAUUAUUGUACUUUAUCAUUGUUUUGAUUUCAAAAAAUUUAUUUACAGGAAAAAGUUUUGAAUUUUAAAAAGUCAAAUUUGUUUAAAAAGUCAUACUAUCAUUUACCAUUUCUGAUGGAACGAUGUGAUUAAAAAUGGAGUAGGAUGUAUAAUUUUGCUUUUAAUUUACUUUUUCUCAGGGAUAAAGAAAUGUAAUUGCUACAUACAUGGGACUUUAUUUUAAUACAUCAUUUUUUUUAUUGAAAAUUUCAGUAUGUCUUAUAUGUUGAUUUAUUCAAUAUUUGGUUAUUAUCCUCUUACUGUUCCAAGAGUUAUGCAUUUAAUCUUAUUUAAUUUAAUAUUUCGUUUUUAUGCUCAAUUUCGGAAAUAAAUAUCACAUACUAAAAAGUAAUGCUCUUUUUACAUUCAGAUGGAAAUAAGAAUCUUUUUAAAACAUCUUGGGGAAAUUUUGAAUUUAAUUAAAUAAAAUGAUAUGUCAGUUUGAAACUGUAUUAUAAUUUAUUUGAAAUAAAUGUUAUAAUGUGAACUGCAGAUCAGGAACUAAAAUGCAAGAUACAAAUUGAUUCAAAUUAAAAAGUAAUUGGACCUCAUUUGAAAUUUGGGCAUUCUCUUAUUGGAACAAGAAAAAAGAAAUUUGUAAGGGAGAAAUUGUUACAUUAUAUUCAAUAUGUAAAUAAAUGGUUUUAUUUUCUUAAGACCUUUUAUAUUCAACUUUGUUUUGAAUACUUGCUCUUUUUCUAUUUCUUAUUUUCUCUAUUCUGUAGAAAAAGUAAAUUAUAUUAUUAAAUUAUUUAAUUUCAAUUUUUUACUUUUUUUUUAUUUGAAACAUUUAUUUUGUAUUCUUUUUAUUUCUUUAUAUGCAUUCUGAAUUAACACGUUCCUUCUGAAAUUAUAUUUUCUCCAUCUGUAUAUCCAUCUUAUCUAACCAUUAAAAAUAACCAAGCAUCAAAUGACAUAUCAUGUUUUAUAAUUUAGAAAUCAAAAAACUAUUUUUCAUUCUUUUAUUACUCAUUUAUGUCACUUGCUUAUGGCAUGCAUAUCAUUAAUUUCCCUAUUUGUUUUUAUUAACUGUAAGUAUUUGAUUAAAUAUUGAUUAAUGUUUUUUUAAUUAUAGAAUUUGCUAAUUUGACUAUUUUUUUUCCAUGUUAUUUUCAAUAUACUACCUUAAAAGUUAAACUGAUCAAAGAGAAAAAAAUAAUGAGGAAUGUCCUUAUUUAAUUAUUAUCAAAAAUUGCUCCUAAUUAAUAUAUAUUAAAAAAAUUUUGGUAAUUGUUCAGCACCUUUUAAUAAAUAUAUAUAAAAAAAUUCACUGUUGUCUUUUUUGCUUAUUUACUCACUUAGGAGAUUGAUUAAAGUUUAUUUAUAAAAAGAUCAAUAUAAUUUUGAAAAACGAUGAUUUAACACCAUUGUUAUUUUUAAUCUGUAGAAGGAAACAUGCAUUAUUUUGCUCUGUGACACUUGUUGAAAGAAAUUUUGUGAGUAUUGAAGAAUGUUGAAUGUAAAGUACUAAUUCUGAAGAUUUCACCAAGUAUAUGUGCAUCAUUGUCAGAAUUGUUAUCAAAUAUUUCGAUACAUUAUGAAGAAUAAUUGUUUUUAUAUAUACAUUGGUUUGAAUUGAUAUUUGAAUGAAAUUAUAAGUACUCUAAUGCAAAUAUAAUUUUCUUAAAUCUUAGUAUUUUUAAAAAAUUUUCUGCUUUUAGCAAGCAAUUGCUAAUUUUUUUAAAUGGUUUCGAAUAAUAAAGCAUUUGCUAUUAGUUUCAGAUUGAUGAAAUAAUAAUUUCUCCCUUUAUUGUAAUUUUAAUUAUUAGUCAGUAAUUAAAUAGUUUUAUAUAUGUGUAUAAUGAAAUCGCCAGUUUCACAAAUUUUAACUGAUGAAAUUAUAUUGAAAAACGAUUUUUUUUUAAAAAAGGGAUUACAAUCGUGGCUUAAUAAAUCAGAAUGCCAGGCACUGCUGACUAAAGAUAAAAAGUCUUGUGAAUGUGUUUUUAUGUUUGCUAUUGAUAUGUAAAGAGUGUAACAUUGAUGCUACAUAUUUACUGUAUGUUACUGCUUAGGCCUUGGGCAGUUGUGCAGUAUGUUUUGAAUAUUAAAUUAUUUAUUUGAUCUCUUCCUUUUAGGACAGAGUAUUUAUAAAAAAAUUUUAUUUUUAAAAUAGUACCUGAACACUUAUUAAAAUAUAUUAUGUUUCCAGAUUAUAUAAAAACUGUACUAUUAGCAUUUAUGCAUAAUUUGUGUAUAAGAAUUUGCUUGCUACUGUUUUGUAAGAUUAUUUCUUUUAUUCAUGUUAAAUAAAUAGCCAAUUUGAAAGUAUCCAAAUUUUUUCAUAAGAUUUCUUUUUUAUAAACUAUUUCCAUCCUUAAAUGUCAGCCUCCAGUUCCUUUCUUAUUUACAUAAAUGAGUUGAGCAAAACCUUCUUUCUGUUUGAAAUGUAACUAACUCUCUGUACCCAUUAUUUACAAUUGUUAAAUAUUAAUAUCUGUACCCUGCAUUUUACAGAUCAUGCCGCAGAAUCUUAUAUAACAAUAAUAUUUGCAUUUGUGUAAAAUUAAAAUACAGGCAAUGAAGAAAGAGCUAUGUGAAUUCACAAGAGUUUUGGAGUACAAAGACUUUGAUCAUCUCAUUUCCGGUGUCUUUGUUAUGUGUUAUUAAUGACGGGUUUUGCUUGUAUUGUUCUACAUACGCAUUAUUUUGUGCCAUUAUCGACGUUGUUUGUGUAAUAUUCAAUAAACAUUCAUAACUAGGGUGGA